AUGUUGAAACCAGUUACAUCAAUGCCAUUAAUCCGCAUUCUUCCUGAGAGUGAUAAAAAGUAUGAGAAAUUUAUCACAAAAGAAAAAACAGAUGAUAGCUUUGAGAUAAGUGAAGCUAUUACUGUUCUGACAUCUCAAAAAUGCUAUUUCAACUCACAAAUCAUCGAAAGCGCUGAAGAAAGAACAGUACUCAAUGACGAUGUUUAUGCAAUUACACAAUUUCUUGAUAAAGCAUCUGAUUACAAGAUUGAUGCAUUAAGAAGUACUUUGAUGCAAGAUAUUUCAAUAGGACAGAAAUCAAUUAAAUACUUAGAUCGUAUAGUUGUUAUGUUCCAAAAAGCUGGUCUCGAAAUCGAUAGAUUUACGAGUUUUAUUCAAGAACAUUCAGAUGAAUAUUACGUAUACGCGAGAGAAUUCAUCGAGGAGAUCACCGGUGAUAAGAAAUAUAUGACUAAGUUUAUAAAGAUCCUAAAAUACAUCAAAAAAAUAAAACUUCCUGAUUUAUCGACAAUUCCUAAAAAUAUGUGCUUCUAUGUUAGUGGUACAUACGAGAAUCAAGUAAUAAAUCGAAUAAAGACAAAAUUUAAUGAACUUACCGCUGCGGAUUCUACUUUUAUUAUCGAAUCUCUUUCAAAGAACGUUCCUUACGAAGUUGCAGAAGAUACAUUCUUCUCCAUCGCCUGGCAGAUCCGCCAGUUCCCUUGGACGGUAGAACCUUUCUGUAUUCCUGUUUUAGAAAGAUUGAUUCCAAAAACAAUGAAUGUUCCAUUCCUUUCAGAUAAAUAUGCAAUGAUGACAUUAUCAGAGUUAUCGAGAAUGCCAGAAUGGCCAUACUACAGCUGUGUUGAUGAAAUUAACACGAUCGUUUUCGAAAUCAAUCCAUUUAACAUCGCCAGAACAUUUUGGAACGUUAUUAACAAAAUACCAGAGAUAAUAAAGCAAACUGUACCAAAUUUGGACGAAGAUUUCGCUUUAGAUUUCGAUACUUUAUUCAAAAUUUUAGUUUUAAUCGUUUUUGCAACUUGUAACCCCGAGAUUACUUUCCACAUUGCAUUUUCCUCUGCAUAUCGAGAGGCUGUCGUUGAUGAUUUUGAAUUAUCAUACGCAAUGAAUUAUUUACAAGGCCUUUAUGCAUAUUUACUCAGAUUCAACUACUACGACUUGUUAGAAAAGUCUAAGAAUCUCAGAAACCAAUCCAAGAAAUAA